CCCAGUUAAAAGGCUCCAGGUCCCUGGACCAGGCAGAGUGAGCUCCUGGGGCCUCUUCCUCUGGGUCAGAAUCAGCCUCAGCAUGGGACGCCCACCGCCUGCUGCCAGGUGCACCUGGAUCUUCCUGCUCUUGCUGCUGGAAGCCUGUGCAGGGGUGGCGAUCCAACCUCUCCCUCCUGCUGCAGGGCACUGCAGGGCACAGGAGAACAAGGUGCUGGGGGGCCAGCCGUGCAAGUCCAACUCGCAGCCUUGGCAGACAGCCUUGUUCCAGGGAAACCAGCUGCUAUGCGGGGGUGUCCUCAUAGAUGACAACUGGGUCCUCACGGCAGCCCAUUGUGAAAAACAGAGGUACACGGUCCGCUUGGGAGAUCACAGCCUGCAGAAUAAGAGUGGGUCAGGGCAGGAAAGGGCUGUGGCCCAGUCCAUCCCACAUCCCUGCUUCAGUGGCGACAGUGAGGACCACAACCACGACCUGAUGCUCCUUCGACUACGUGAACCAGCAUCCACAGGGCCCAGUGUGAAGCCCAUCAACCUGACAGAUCACUGCCCUCGAGAUGGCCAGAAGUGCAUCAUCUCAGGCUGGGGCACUGUUACCAGCCCCCAAGAGAACUUUCCAGAUGCCCUCAACUGCGCAGAAGUCAAAAUCGUGUCCCAGAAGCGGUGUGAAGAUGCCUACCCUGGGAAAGUCACGGAGGCCAUGAUCUGUGCCGGAGACAGCAGUGGGGCUGACUCAUGCCAGGGCGAUUCUGGGGGCCCAUUGGUGUGUGGUGGCGUUCUCCAAGGGAUCACAUCCUGGGGAUCGGACCCCUGCGGGCAGCCCCAGAGGCCUGGUGUCUACACCAACCUCUGCCGCUACCUCGACUGGAUCAAGAAGACCAUGGGCAGCAGGAGCUCAGCCUAGGACAAGUUUUGGAUCCCCCUCAAUAAACCAAAAACCAUGGCCUGGCUCUUUGCCUGUCUUGCUUUG